AUGGAUAUGUUCUCUUGUUUUUUCGUCUUCAUUUUGUUUCACUUUUGGUGCUUUGAUUCAGCUCAAGGACAGAACACAUCCCACCCAAACUGCACUAAAGAAUUCCAGUGUGGGAACUUAAGAAAUUUGAGUUUUCCUUUCUACAAAUCCACUGAACUUGAUUGUGGAUUGUCCAAAGUUUAUUGUGAAGAUACUGAAAAUCCUAUACUUGAAUUGAAUGGGGUGAAAUAUCUAGCUCUUGAAAAAGCUGAUGUUUUUAUCAGACUUAAGUACACUAAUCUUGGAGAACUUUUGAAGAAGAACAGUUGUGAGACUUUUGAUAAAAAUUUCUCGAUCGCUAUUUCUCCUUCAAUAACAUAUAGCCUUGAUCCCUCACUCACUUUGUUCAAAUGCAACAGAAGCCAAAAGAGUAGAAAUGAAGAAUUUUUCAACUCCAGCAGUUAUCAAAGUUACAAUGUCUGUGAUGGUUUCAUAUUAUACUAUAACAUCUCCAUCCAUUAUUAUCAAGUAUCUGAAAUUCCUAGUAGCUGUUCAUUUAUUCAGUUGCCUUUGACAUCAAAUUCAGAAGCAAAAUCAAACGGAAGUGGCUUAUUUCAUCUGUUAACUGAUGAAGUUGUACUAGGAUGGACUGUGUCUGAUGAGUGUAAUCAGUGUUAUUAUACAGGAGGAAGGUGUCAAACAGAUAAUACUACUAACAACUUUCUUUGUUCUAAUGCCAAUACCAACAAUGGUAAAGAGAAGCUUUUUUCAUGGUUCACAUUAAAGAUUUUAGUUCUUUUCUUUUCUUGGUUCAUCUUACAUUUUCAUUUUUACUGUGAUUGCAGCAGGUCAUCAUAA